AUGAUGUUCCUCGGAGGUAUCCUGAAAGCCAUAUUGGCAGCAACAGCUGUUGCUCCGGUGAUCGGCCUUGCCGUCCCACCCUCCUCGGAUGAUGUCCUCAUUCAGCGCCAAUCUGGGGGCGAUAAGCUGGUUUUUUGUCACUUCAUGAUUGGUAUCGUCGGUGCUCGAAGCUCUGCCAGCGAGUAUGACGCCGAUAUGCAGCACGCUAAGGCAGCUGGCAUUGACGCCUUUGCCCUCAACAUUGGUACAGACUCUUACAGCGAAGCUCAGCUGGACCUCGCCUACCAGUCAGCUGCCAACAAUGGCAUGAAGGUCUUCAUCUCCUUCGACUUCAACUGGUACGGAACCAGUGAGGCGACACGCGUUGGUCAAAUGAUCGCCAAAUACGCGUCCCGGCCGGCACAGCUUAUCGUCGAUGGCAAGGUCUUCGCUUCAUCCUUUGCCGGAGACGGUAUGGAUGUCGCAGCCAUGCGCAGCGCUGCUGGUGUCAGCGUCUUUUGGGCACCCAACUACCACCCGGAGUACGGCACGGACUUCAGCGUUAUCGAUGGCGCCUUGAACUGGCUUGGGUGGCCCAACAAUGGCAGAAACAAGGCACCCGAUGGCUAUGGAAAUGUCACCGUUCAGCAGGGAGAUCAAGCUUACAUCGCUGCACUCAAAGGAAAACCUUACAUUGCGCCGGUGUCCCCUUGGUUCUUCACCCACUUCGGUCCAGAGGUCCCCUACUCAAAGAACUGGGUCUUCCCGUCUGACACUCUCUGGUAUGACCGCUGGCAGGAAAUCCUGACCCUUAAGCCCCGCUUUCUUGAGAUCGUCACCUGGAACGACUACGGCGAGAGCCAUUACGUAGGUCGUCUUGACAGUCCCCACGGGGAUGAUGGCAACUCGAAAUGGGUCUACGGGUUUCCCCACAACGGCUGGCUUGAUAUGGCAAAGCCAUUCAUCAAUGCAUUCCACAACGGUGGAAGUGACGUUAAGCCGUACAUCUCAGAUGAUCAGAUUGUCUACUGGUUCCGACCUACCCUCAGAAGUCUCAACUGCGAUGCCACAGAUACCACCAUGGCGGACGCAAACAACGUCUCUGGCAACUACUUCAAGGGUCGUCCGUAUGGCUGGGAGACUAUGCAGGAUAAGGUCUUCGUUAUCACCCUGCUGAAGGAGGCAGGCUCUGUGUCCAUAAACGUCGGAGGUACCAGCGUAACAGUCCAAGCACCCGCUGGCGCAGCCAAGUUCUCCGUUGACAUGAAGCCCGGCGCUAUCUCAUUCACCCUCGCUCGUGGGGGCUCUACGGUGCUAUCCGGAACAGCUGGGAUGCAGAUUCUCGACCACUGCCCCUGCGGUAUCUACAACUUCAACCCCUAUGUCGGAACCAUUCCGGCUGGUCAGCCUGAUGAGCUUCUGCCCGCGGCGUACUCGUCCAUCUACGCUGGCUUGAAGGUCAGCACCUGUGGUCCCACGGGGAUGAAGCGCACUGCUGCACCCAUUGCCGAUAUGGCUGUUCCUGCCAUGGCGACCCCCACUGCCUAA